AUGCCCUCCCGCCCCCUCCCCCAGGAGGCCCGGGGUGGUACCGCCGCAGCCUCGCCUCACCUCACCCCCCCCGGUGUUGUGGGAGGGAGAGGAGCCCCAGAAGCCCUCCCUUCCCUCCUCCCCCCUCCUCCCCCCACCCCGGGGAGGGCCGCUACAAUUUGUGGUUACAGCUUUACACGUCAGAAAAAAAAAAGUUUGCAGAAUGUCCCACACCGAAAAAAAAAAAAAAAUCCGAAACCGAGCGAAAAAAACCUGCGAGUGGGCCUGGCGGAUGGGAUUAUUAAAGCUUCGCCGGAGCCGCGGCUCGCCCUCCCACUCCGCCAGCCUCCGGGAGAGGAGCCGCGCCCGGCCCGCCCGGCCCCCAGCCCCAUGGACCUCCGAGCAGGGGACUCGUGGGGGAUGCUCGCGUGCCUGUGCACCGUUCUCUGGCAGGUCCCUGCGGUGCCAGCCCUCAAUCGCACAGGAGACCCGGGGCCCGGCCCCUCCAUCCAGAAAACCUAUGACCUCACCCGCUACCUGGAGCACCAGCUCCGCAGCUUGGCUGGGACCUAUCUGAACUACCUGGGCCCCCCUUUCAACGAGCCUGACUUCAACCCCCCUCGGCUGGGGGUGGAGACUCUGCCCAAGGCCACUGUCAACCUGGAGGUGUGGCGAAGCCUCAACGACAAACUGCGGCUGACCCAGAACUACGAGGCCUACAGCCACCUCCUGUGCUACCUGCGGGGCCUCAACCGCCAGGCCGCCACGGCCGAGCUGCGCCGCAGCCUGGCCCACUUCUGCACCAGCCUCCAGGGCCUGCUGGGCAGCAUCGCGGGCGUCAUGGCAGCUCUGGGCUACCCGCUGCCCCAGCCUCUGCCCGGGACUGAGCCCACCUGGGCCCCUGGCCCUGCCCACAGUGACUUCCUCCAGAAGAUGGAUGACUUCUGGCUGUUGAAGGAGCUGCAGACCUGGCUCUGGCGCUCGGCCAAGGACUUCAACCGACUCAAGAAGAAGAUGCAGCCUCCGGCCACCGCGGUCACCCUGCACCUGGAGGCCCGUGGCUUCUGA